UCAGUCAUGGGGUGUAGCAGGCUAUGCACUCAUUCACAUUAUGCAGUCUUGCAUGCUCUCGCUGUGUACUCUGGGAACAGAACGAUCCAAGAUGGCGGCGAGUAGGAGACUGCUCAAGGAACUUGAAGAAAUCCGCAAGUCUGGAAUGAAAAAUUUCCGUAACAUUCAAGUUGAUGAAUCAAACAUAUUGACUUGGCAAGGACUGAUUGUGCCUGACAACCCCCCAUACGACAAAGGAGCGUUCAGGAUCGAGAUCAUCUUCCCAGCCGAGUACCCCUUCAAACCUCCCAAGAUCACCUUCAAAACAAAGAUCUACCACCCAAACAUCGACGAGAAGGGGCAGGUGUGUCUGCCAGUCAUCAGCGCAGAAAACUGGAAACCAGCAACCAAAACUGACCAAGUGAUCCAGUCCCUCAUCGCGCUGGUGAACGACCCCCAGCCCGAGCACCCGCUCCGGGCCGACCUAGCAGAGGAAUACUCAAAGGACCGUAAAAAAUUCUUUAAGAACGCAGAAGAGUUUACAAAGAAACAUGGCGAGAAGCGGCCAGUGGACUAAUACCUGACCAGCGUGUAGUCCCCCUCCCCGCCCUCCUCCUCUCACCCUCACUCCGUUUUCAAAUUCAAACACCCCUCCUCACCUUCCCACCUCACCUCCUCUCCUCUCCUUCCCCUCCUUCACCCCACCCUCUCACUUCUUUACCUUGUAUGUCCUCGGUUGCUCCUCUUCCUCCACACUCUGUGUGUGUUGUCUCCCCCUCGUCCUCUCUCUCUCUCUCUCGCUCUCCCCCUGUAGUAGACCCAGAGAGCCGCCUGCUCCUCCGCGCUCCACGCUCCGCGGUGAAUGAAGCAGGACUCAGAUGGACCCAUCCCACAAAGAUCUCUUCUCUUCUCUCUGCCUGAUAUUAGUUUGAGGCCAUAACUAACUUUCUACUAUUUUCUUAAGUUAAACAAAAACGACAAAAAACUGAAAAUAAAGAACUAAAAAAAAUAAACAGUGAUUAGGUUUCUAAGAUAGGGAAAUACACCAUGAAGUCUUUCUUUCUUUUCUUUUAUUCUUUAUUCUUUUGUUUUCUUUUUGUGAGGAAAGAAGGUAGGAAAAUAUAUUCUGUGCCCACACUGAAGUUUUGGAUAUGAAAUAUCCAAUAGAAGGUGGAAAAAGUGUUUGUUAUUAUUCAGCUCCUUGAGGUUCACUCUUUAACUGUUUUGACACCCGCCCCCCCUCUCUCCAAAUAAUAGAAUGUCUCCAUUGACAUUAGUGGUAUAUAUAUAUUGGACAUGAGGUUUAAAACGAGUUCAUAAAGGCUAAUAGUUUUUUUUAUUGUCUUUCAUUUUUUUGCAUUUUGGUUGCUCUGCACUGUGUUGGUUGAAAUCCCAUCCUAUGUCUCAUUACCCACAAUUCACUGCUGCAUCACCAGGUACCAAUUUUGUUAUCGGUAACAUUUCAGAAAUCUAAAGGAAGGAAAUAGAGAUUCGAGUGUGUGUGCGUGUGCGUGUGCAUGUGUGUGCUUGAGUGAGUAAGAGUGCAACAGAACAUAAUUUUUAUGGAAAAUUUUGAAGAAAAAAAAAGUGAGACACUGAUUUAACAGAUAUCAUAUGCAAUUGUAUUUUUUUCACUUUUUGUUUUUCUUUCUUUUUUUGGCUCCAAGUAUCCUGACAUGGUUUGAGUGAACAACAACAACCUGUUGAAAUUUAGAAGUCAAACAAAGUGCAUAUAUACAUUUUGGAGUCCUUUUUUUUCUUUGACCAAAAUAAACUUAGUUUUAAUCUAUGGCACUUCAAAGAA